AGGAAAGUCGGACACGGGAUGAAAGGAGCAGGGGGAUUCUCCCAACCAGCAUCUGAUUACUGACAGCUACAGUGUAAACAUGAGUGCCGGCUCGGUGGACCAGGAACCGACUCGAAAGCUGGGCUGCUGUGGUGUCCCUGUGAUUACAGAAGAUAUGCAGGCUCUAGCCAUCCGCAGCUUGUCCGGGGGUGAAGUACAGAAGCACUAUGAAUUCAUCCGGGAAUUGGGGAAGGGGACAUAUGGCAGAGUGGAGCUUGUGUCCCAUAAGAGUACAGGUAACAAGAUGGCUCUGAAAUUCGUCAACAAGAACAAGACCAAGUUGAAGAGUUUCCUGCGGGAGUUCAGCGUGACCAGUGCUCUUUCCUGCAGCCCUUUCAUUAUCAGAGCCUUUCAUGUCCUCUUCCAGACGGAGGACUGCUACGUCUUCGCUCAGGAGUACGCUCCAGCUGGGGACCUCUUUGAUAUUAUUCCACCACAGGUCGGGCUCCCUGAAGACAUGGUAAAGCGAUGUGUACAGCAGCUUGGACUGGCUUUGGACUUUAUGCACAGCAAGAGUCUGGUACAUCGUGAUAUCAAACCAGAGAAUGUUCUUCUCUUUGACCGCGAAUGUCGGCGGGUUAAGCUAGCUGACUUUGGCAUGACUCGUAAAGUGGGUUGCCGUGUGAAGAGAGUGAGUGGCACCAUCCCUUACACAGCACCCGAGGUGUGCCAGGCUGGCCGAUCAGAAGGUUUUCCAGUAGAGACUAGCUUGGACGUCUGGGCCUUUGGAGUACUUAUCUUCUGCGUCCUCACUGGCAACUUUCCCUGGGAGUCAGCCUCACCGGGAGAUGCCUUCUUUGAGGAGUUUGUGCACUGGCAGAAGGGUCGUCUGCCCGGUCUUCCGUCCCAGUGGCGACGGUUUUCAGAUAACGCCCUACGAAUGUUCCAACGGCUUCUUGCGUUAGAGUCAGAAAAAAGGAGCCCGGUCAAGGAGGUCUUCUACUACAUCAAGUAUGACUUGCUCUCAGAAGCUAGACGUAGACCUUCCUACCGAACACGCAAGCAACCAGGAGAAAAGUUACCCUCUGUGCCCCAGCGGCAUGACAACCCUACUCCUCUCAAGAGAACAAUACUCACAGAGGGAGGUUCUUCACCUCGUGUGCCACACUCCCUGCCAGAUCCAGGCCAGCCAUCCGCUGCCUCUGGCAGGACAGAUGGACGACAGGACAAGAGCAAAGCUCAGAUGCUGCUGGCAACUGCCAUUGAAAUCUGUGUGUAAUAUGGACACACAUUUGGAUUCUUCUUUAUUGGAAAGUGAUGUCAUUGUCUCCAGUAAAGGUCACCUGCUGACGUAAGACAUAAAACAGGUUUGACCUCUUAGCGUUUAUUGAUCAUGAGCCUACAAGCAAAAAAACAACAACAACAAUAAUAAUAAUAAUAAGUUGACAUGAUAAUGACUUGCUGAUCAAACUGAUGUGGUUAAUGUUCGAGUGGA